AUGUCACUGCCCAGCUUCGUCCUCACACCAGCCGGAAGCUCAGAAGCACAGCAACCAGCGUUAAAGGCGAGAAAGUUGACGCACGGCUGGGCUGUCCCGACCUCGAUCGCGGCCGACGACCCUGAGCCCAGCCACGCCGAGGAGCAGUCGAGCACGAUUCAGGACGCAUUUCUCCCUCUACAAGCCGCCGAAUUCCCCAUGCUGCAGCAAAGCAACCCCGGUUCGUGCAUAGAGCCUCGGAUGAUGGACAUUGCUGCUACUGCUGAGGAAUUUCUGUUCCCAGUCACGUCCCGGGGCGAAGCCGCUUCGUUAGAUCCUUGGCUCAAUGUACCAGACUGCCAAUCCGAGCCCUCAAUAUUCCAACCUGUACCGACGCAGCAAGUUUUCGAUGUUUUUCAGCCGCUAUGGUCGUCCGGAGAAGUGGCUUUUGAGCCUCCCGACUUGGAGAAUUUCAGUGCAGUGCCGUAUCCUGAAGGGGCCCCGAUUUCAGGAAGUCUAGAGACCCUGAAACAGAGCAUAGGGCAGUUUCAACUGCCUUCCGACGCCAUACCACCUGCGGAGGGUAUUCCACAACUGACAAUAGGCCCUCAGAACCAAGCAGAAUCAAAGGCGAAGAAUGGAAUAGCUCGAGGACAGAUUAUCGACCAAGUGCUGGACACCCUGCGCCAGAUGGAUAACAACAUCAGAGCUUCAAACCGACUACACAUGGCCGAUAUAGCCAGCCUUGAUUAA